CCCACCCCAAACUGGUAAAAGCAAAAUUCUCUUGCAACCAAUCUCAACCGAGUCUUUCCUUCUUUAUACCAUCUGUCUAUUUGUGGAAUUAUUAUCUCAGGCGGCCCCCUCUAUCUCUCUCAUCAUCAUCUGGAUCUGAAUGAAACAAUGGCCUGAUGAAUUAGUGCCCGUCUCUCUCAUGAGUCUUGUAGAUAUAUAUAUAUAUAUAUAUAUAUAUAUCUUUUCUUCUUUUCCUCCUUUGCUGCCUUUAGGGUUUUGUUCUCUUAUUCCCCUCUAAAAAUGGCAAAAUGCCGCCUUUUCUCCCCAAAUUCCAAUCUCUCUCUUAACCUGGACAUUUUUCAGAACCAUUUUUAGAAACCCUUAUCUAGAUCAUUCAUCUAUAUGCUGGUUUAUUCCUUGUAUUCUGAACGAAGUGGGUUUAACAGUGUUGUAAAAUUUUCCAGUAGCAAAAUGGCCAGAGAGAAAAUACAGAUCAAGAAAAUCGACAACGUCACAGCCCGGCAGGUGACUUUCUCCAAGAGGAGAAGAGGACUCUUCAAGAAAGCUGAAGAACUCUCAGUUCUUUGCGAUGCUGAUGUUGGUCUCAUCAUCUUUUCCUCCACUGGCAAGCUCUUUGAGUUUGCCAGCUCCAGUAUGAAGGAAAUACUUGAAAGGCAUAAUUUGCACUCCAAGAACCUUGACAAGUUGGAGCAGCCAUCCCUUGAGCUGCAGCUAGUUGAGGACAACGACCACUCCAGAUUGAUCAAAGAGGUAGCUGAGAGAAGCCAUCAGCUCAGGCGGAUGAGAGGAGAGGAGCUUCAAGGAUUGAGUAUUGAAGAGUUGCAGCAUCUGGAGAGGUCACUUGAAGCUGGACUCAGCCGUGUUAUAGAUAAAAAGGGAGAGAAAAUCAUGAAAGAGAUCAAUCAACUUCAAGAAAAGGGAAUGCAACUCAUGGAAGAGAACGAACGCUUAAGACAACAGGUGUUGGAUAUAUCAAAUAGCGGCAGAAAGAUGGGAACGGCUGAUGUAGAGAACAUAGUGUACGAGGAAGGGCAGUCAUCGGAGUCUGUCACUAAUGCUAAUUGUAGUUCCGCCGGCCCUCCACAAGAUUACGAUAGUUCUGAUACGUCCCUUAAGCUGGGGCUGCCCUACACUGGCUGACAUCAAAGAAGCACAUUAUCGAACAAGGACACUUGACCUCCAUUGUAGAGUGCAUUCCAUGUAGUCCCUUUUGAGGGGAGAUAUCGAAGCUAACUCCAAAAGUUUAAUACGACUGUACCACGUAGUCCUGUUGUCUGAGGGACAUGUUCUGUGUCUCUUCCUUGUAUCUUAAUUAAUUCAAAACAUUUACCAGAUAUCUUAUGUAUGUAAUGAAGGAGCAGUCACUCAUUUGUAUUAUCCCUUAUCUUGUCUGAUGGAACCAUGGCUUGUAGUAA